CCCUUUCCCCCUUCUCUUCAUUCACCACACUUAUCUUUCAUCUAUUCAUCUAAAAAAAGUUCGUUACACUUAUUUAUUUCAUUUUUAUCUUUUUUCUUCUUGGCUGUUGAAUUGUAGACUGCGCCUAUAGAAAAUAAUACCACCCACGACUUGUCCAUGUAUCGCAGUACGCCGACCACCGCAACUCUGAGCAGGGUCCAGGCUAUGGCACGCACGCCGUCGCUGCUUCAGCGCUCGGCCGCCACUAUCAGCGCACGGACUAUUGCCACCACCAGCCGCGCAAAGCUAAACACUCACAGACGGCAGCAGCACCAGCAGCUGCCACUUGUUCGCCACUUCUCUGUCUCUCAUGCAGCCAAUAAUGCCGAAGAGACUCUGGUUGAGCGCGAGCCGCGGGAGACCAUGGAGUACGAUGUUGUCAUUGUCGGCGGCGGACCAGCCGGUCUCUCGGCAGCUAUUCGCCUGAAGCAGCUUGCGGCCAAGGAGGACACGGAAAUCAACGUCGUUGUUAUCGAGAAGGGCGGCGAAAUCGGCGCACACACGCUCUCUGGCGCUUGCAUAGAGGUUGGUCCCCUGGAAGAGCUGUUCCCAGACUGGAAGGAGCAGGGCGCCCCGCUCAAUCAGCCGGCAUUGGAGGACCACAUGAAAUACCUGACUGAGAACCACGCCAUUCCCUUGCCCCACCCGCCACAGAUGAACAACACGGGAAACUAUAUUGUCAGCCUGAGCAACGUCGUCAAGUGGCUCGGGGAGAAGGCUGAGGAGCUGGGCGUCGACGUGUUUCCGGCCACCGCAGCGUCCGAGAUCAUAUACAAUGAGGACGGCAGCGUGCGCGGCAUUGCCACCAACGAUGCAGGCGUCGACAAGGAGUUCAAGCCAAAGGCGUCGUUCACUCCUGGCAUGGAGCUGCACGGUAAGCUGACGCUGUUUGCCGAGGGCUGCCAUGGGUCGCUGACCAAGGGCCUUAUUCGCAAGCUCAAGUUGCGCGACGAGGGCAAGUUCCAGACGUACGGGCUCGGGAUCAAGGAGCUCUGGGAGGUCGAUCCUGCCAAGCACACGCCGGGCAAGAUCAUCCACACCAUGGGGUACCCCCUGGACUACCAGACAUACGGCGGUGGAUUUAUCUACCACAUGGAGGACAACAAGGUUUCGCUUGGCCUGGUCGUCGGCCUUGACUACAAGAACCCGUAUCUGUCGCCAUACAAGGAGUUCCAGCGCUUCAAGUCCCACCCGCUGGUGUCGGGCCUGCUCAAGGGUGGCCGUGUGCUCUCUUAUGGCGCCCGUGCACUUGUCGAGGGCGGUCUGCAGUCACUGCCAAAGCUGUUCUUCCCCGGUGGUGCCCUUAUCGGCGACACGGCCGGCUUCAUGAACGUGCCCAAGAUCAAGGGCACGCACAACGCCAUGCAGAGCGGCAUCCUCGCAGCUGACAGCGCCUACAAGGCCAUUGUCACAGAGGGCCUGGGCGAGGAAGGCAGCGAGCCCAUUGUCUUGUCCGGAUACGAAGAGGCGUUCAGAAACAGCAACAUUUACAAGGAGCUCCAUGAGGUGCGCAACAUCCGGCCCUCUUUCCACACGGGCCUCGGCAUCUGGGGCGGCAUAAUGUGGAGCGGCCUGGACUCCAUGCUCAUCAAGGGCCGGGUGCCCUUCACAUUCCAGCACCCGCACCCCGACCACGCGAUGAUGGAGCCGGCGGCCAUGCACAAGCCCAUCGACUACCCCAAGCCCGACGGCGAGAUCACCUUUGAUAUCCUGACCAGCGUGUCGCGCACAGGCACGGACCACGCGGAGAACCAGCCCGUACACCUGCGGUUGGCUGAUAAGACAAUCGAGGUGCGGGAGAACCUGCCCGUGUAUGAUGGCCCCGAGCAGAGGUUCUGCCCGGCUGGCGUCUAUGAGUACGUUGAUGAUGAGGCGAAGCCCGGACAGAAGCGGUUCCAGAUCAACUCGCAGAACUGCAUACAUUGCAAGACCUGUGAUAUUAAGGAUCCGGCUCAGAAUAUCAACUGGACUGUGCCCGAGGGUGGCAACGGACCCCAGUAUGUCGACACGUAAACAAUACUUUAUAUUUUUAUUCCUAUUUAUAUCAAUGCGUGUCAUUCGCUCGCACAGAAUAGACAAGAUUAAAUUUACCAAUAAUUCGACUUGUGAGACACUCGCUUAAA